AUGUUUUCCCACGCGAGCAGUGCCUUUCCUUCAAGCUUCAGCGAGUUGUCCAAGAGCAUCACGAACAAGAUCGCGAGCCAUCUGAAGCUCUCGGGGAAUAAGCCGGAGGUUCCCAACUACAAGGCGGACGGAGAUGCACAAACUCCUCCUACCAUUGACCCAGAUGUGUUACUUUCAUAUUAUGCGCACGCUGCCGCUCACCGACCAUCGAGUCGCCUUCUGAAAGAGAAUAUGUUCGGCAGAAGACUCAACGGACCUCGAUCGGCGAAUUUGCUUGUGUCGGGUUCGCCGAUUUUCGAGAGGCCUUGGAGGGCUCCUGAACGUGCUCCAGGACGCGGCAACAAGAGGAGAUCCAGCUCAGCUCCAAGCUUCGGCGUCGCGUAUCGACCCAAAACAGCCGCGACUCUACAGAGUCGCAGACACCUCAAGGAUUCCAGCGGCAACCAUCGGAGGAGUUCACACUCUCUCGGGCGCGUUUCCGAGGAAGAACACGUACUCCUUUCUGCGGGAGGGCAACGACAACGGGUAAAGAGAACCCAGCGGCACGAACAAGCAGGGGAAGCUUCCCAAGAGAUCGCGGGAUGGCGAAGCAGAGGCGUGCCCAAAGCUUCGACGCCGGCGAGAAUCAAAUCAUCCUUAUCGGCGACACCUGCAGAGGUGUUGCCGCCAAUCCCGUACGGCGACCCCCCGCCAGUGACGGCAGAAGAUCACGCCGAGCAGGGCGGACUGGGAGAAGGUGGCCCCGGGCACGAAGACUGUAGCAGAAGCGCCGCUCCUGCUGCGGAAGAACCUGCCGAGACGCUCUCGAAGAGGCCGUUGACGGCUCCUUCCGCUGUAACCCUGUCGUCCGAGCGUGCCUGUCGACGUCCCUUGGGCUGUGAUGUGGGAGUCGACGAGGCGGCCAACGAGGCCACCACCAAGCCGACAAGCGGCGAGACUGCAGCCGCUUUGCCUGGGUGGGGGUCUUGUCGAUCGUUCAACGACGGCGAUCGGAGAAGUUCGACGAAAAAAUCGAUUCGAUCGCGAAGGUCGACGAGAAAAUCGAUUCGAUCAAUCGAUGCCGACCGUAUCGGCGAUAUUGUCUGCCGCACAACCCCGGAUCAGCACGCCGGAGACCGCAUGGCACGCCCACGCACCACCCCAGCAGGGGCAACACCAGGAGUGGCGGCUUCGUUUCGCACUUCAGAGAGAAUCCUCUUCGAUGCUCAACCUGGUCCUUCGUCGCUACUCAGUCGCAGGCCAUCGACUACCGCACCGCCCUCCCGACGCCUUACCAUCGAAACCGACGCCGCCCUCUCGAGGUCCUCGCUGCUACCGCUGGCCACCGCCGCUUCGGCACAUUCGCUUUCGUUCGAACGUGGAAACACCAUCUUGGGAAAAUCGGUCUUCGGUGGAAGCGGCGGCAGUCCAAGAGCGGGAGGAUCAAGCAACUGCGAUCUUUCAACAGCCGGAAGAAGUUGUGAAGACUGGUUUUCCAGCUCCCUCUCUGGAACCACCUGUGCCACGUGGACGAAACGGUGGCACCCUGGGGAUAGUGAUGAUCUCGAUGGGGGGGGCGUGUCGGUUUACGGCGAGAGCAGCUGGCAGAGCGGAGGGGUGGCGGCGGCGUGGACCAACAACGGCGCGGCUACUGGAGCGGGGUGGGGGGGAGGCGACCAGAACCAGACCACCUGUGUUGUGCCAUUGUGCAUGUCGCUCGACGAUUCCCAGAUGGACAGGAUGGCCGCAGCUCCGAAAUCGGUAGCGGCGUUCGGCCGGAAGCAGCGCGGUAUCUUGGCAGCCGGUGGCGGCGCCGACGAGGACAGACGGCCGGACACACGGGAGCAGUGCUAUGGCGCCCCGAUUGAGGUCCUGAAGUCUUUCCAUCCGUGCGUCCGUUGCUUCGACGCGCUCAUGGGUCAUCUCCGGGACGGCACGGGCGCGCAAGAGCUGAGGAGGAGAACUCCGUGGGGCUCCACUGCGGUGGCGGGAGACCCUCAUGUAGCCUUCUUCAUCAGGUGGGAAACCAUGGAUAGGAGACUCGGGCGCUUCGUCCCUACGGGAUUCAGGGGCAGUUUUACUCCCAGUCCGUUUCGACCAGCGCUGGCGGAGUACGCAGUCAAAGCGGCGAUAGAAGACCCAAAAUUCUGGGGCCUAGGUUGGGCUCAAAUUCCGGACACGAGGUGCAAGCACGAGAGGGACUGGCUUUCUCACCGACACGGGUUGAUCCUAUCGUUCAAGGACGAUGCCGGAAGACACUGUCAGUCUACACUGUUUCCAGAGACCAUCUGUAAGGCAGGCUGGAACAAGGAGAGAGCUAUCGAGGCAAUGUACCAGAAGGCCGGCUACUGGAGACCUCGUAAAAAGCGGUCGGAGAAUCCCAGCAAGCCUUUGGUGGCCACCCCUACCCCAUCGGAGAGGAAAAGACACUUGUUCCCGACGCCUACAGUUGUAGCUGAUCCUGCCAGCGAUGACCCGGUUGUUUCGGGCACAGCUGUGAUGUUAAGGUUUGAAACGGUUUCCUUUCGCAUGGGUUUCGGAACGUAUAUCGCGAAGAAAAGGCUGAAGGGGGAGUAA